AUGCUAGAGCAUUUCGCGUGCCGGGCUGAGGAAGCCGGGCUCGCCUGGCGAGCGGAAGAUGGGGACGGCUUCUUACACCUGGUCCACGAAGCGAUUCAUGUUGCCAUCUUUCUGGAAGAGGUCACGGCAAGGGCUCUCCGAGAUUACUUCUUUGCUUCGAAGGUUUUCCACUACCUCUUCCAAACGCAGCAUGAACGACUCAUGGCAUCUUUCGACCAAGAGUACCAAGGUAAGAGAAGAGAUUUUGCGCAGCUAAAAUGGCAGGGGGUCAUGCGAGGUCUUGAAGAUCUGUUGCUUCAGCAUCACGUGCAGGCACCCUACACCAAGGCAGAAGGCAAAAUGAUGAUGACAUGGCUGCGGUUGAACAUUGCCGAGGCAGCUCGGAUGGAUCUUGCAAAUGGUGCUUGGCCAAACGUCGUUGUAGCCCUCAGUCUGAUGGCCGACAUCGAUAUGCCUCCGAGCAGGAGUGAGUCCGGAACAAUCUUUCCAGUUGGCAAAGCAUGGGCAGACGCUUACAUCGCCUGGAAUUCUGCGUAUGUACUUAGCCUUGGUGAAAUUAGCCUUCUUGCCAUGACGAAGCUCUUCAUACCAAGUGUGAGUUGCACAUCCAGUUCAGUGAACGCGGAAGACUUCGUCGUCAGCCGCGUGUUCUCCCUCGCUCUCACGAUCGUUGCAAGAUCUUCGAGGGACUGUCCGGGACGUGUCCCCGUGAACAUAGUCUCCACUUCCCUGAUGGAGGAGUGGGGCCUCAGCAAUAUGCAAACGCUUCCGCUCCCCCAUCCAGCGGAAGAAGACCUGGAAGAGAUGCUUUACGGUCUAUGCCUGAAUGUAUGUGCUCGUCACCAGUAUCUGCUGGGCAGACUUUCUAACGAGAACUUUCGAGCUCUGAUGGUGUAUCUUGCUUGGAUAACGGUGUUGAUCACCGGUUGGGGCUUGGAAGCUAUCGUGGGACAACAUCUCCUCAAGGUUCUUACCAAAGACCGAGCACAUGACAUGUGGCGGCUUGCCCAGUUUCUUUUUCCUCUCUUGGCAACAGUGGCCCUCAACACUGCAGCUCGGAGGGAUUGGAUUUGCAUGUUGCCUUUGCUGAUGGCCAACUGGAAGUUUGGUUUUCCUGAGACGGCCAACUAUCUCCAUCAAAGCCGAUGCAGAGCCAAAAGUUUGCACAAACGCUUCUCGAGCAAAGAGCUGUUGGAGUUGCUUGCUGCUUGGAGCAAUUGCUGCGGACUGCUGUUGCAUCACGGCGCUGCAUCGCUGGUGAUUACAGGUCUUGCAGCGGGCUUGUAUCCAUUGACUCGCGAGAUCCAGUCAUGCAUUAUGCCGUUGAUUCUGCAACAUUGGCUAUGUCUCCUGCGCUAUGUCCACGUUCGGAUCUAUUCCUUCCUCGAAUUGAUUUUGGAGGCUGCCUUUGAGGCAAGCGUGUUUGAGAGCUACGCUAGCCUCUACCAAUUCGAUUUCUCAGUCAGACUCGCUGCCUCGGGUAUGAUUUUUGCACAUUGGCUCUACAUGGCUGCCGCGAUCCUGGAUCUCAUCAUGCCCCGUGGGCCACGUGUCAAAGUUGAUGUCAAGGAGCCGCCCGACGUUAUCAGGGUGUGA